CCACCAACACAAACAGGAAGUGAUACGCUACAACGCGUGUGAAUCUCACGAAGCCGGGUGUUUUAUUCUAAUGUUUACUAUUCAGAACUUUAACGAAAUGCACGCGUCCUGCUUGUAAUAAAAAUGAAAUACGUUUUAAUAUUGAGUAUUUGAACCGCACGUGUUCCCAAUGACUUCUUAGGACUGUAAGCUGCGGAGAUAAAUCCCAGUGGACAGUGGGAAUCUCAUGGAUCUGUUUAACAGGGGAAGGCCAGUCAGAGUGUGUGCACCCAUGGUCCGCUACUCGAAGUUGGCUUUCAGGUGUUUGGUGAGGAAAUAUGACUGUGAUGUGUGUUUCACCCCAAUGAUCAUUGCAGCUGAUUUCAUGCGCUCUGCAAAAGCUAGAGACAGUGAAUUCACCACCAAUAAGACUGACAGACCCUUGAUCGUCCAGUUUGCUGCAAAGGAUGCACAUACCCUGGCCGAAGCGGCGUGUGUGGUUUCUCCUUUCUCAGAUGGGGUGGACUUGAACUGCGGCUGUCCACAAAGGUGGGCCGUGUCUGAAGGCUAUGGUGCGUGUCUGAUUAACAAACCCGAGCUGGUGAAAGACAUGGUCCGUCAUGUCCGAAACCAAAUCGACAAUCCCAACUAUGCGGUAUCCAUUAAAAUAAGAAUUCACAAGGAUCUCAGGAAGACGGUGGAUCUCUGUCAGAAGGUGGAGGCAGCAGGAGUCUCCUGGAUCACGGUUCACGGUCGUACAGCCGACGAGAGACACCAGCCUGUUCACUACAACGCCAUCAAGACCAUCAAGGACAGUCUUUCCAUCCCGGUUAUCGCUAACGGUGACAUCAAGAGCAUGCAGGACGUGGAGGCUGUCUACGAGCUCACAGGGGUGGACGGUGUCUGAUAGAAGAUGACGUUGCAGUGGACUGCGGUUGCAUCUUUCUUGUACGUGGAGAUUGGUGUUCUCCUGGUCUUUUGUCUGCCUUUCAUCUCCGCUCAAAGGUGGCAGAGUAUUUUCAAAUGGAGCAUCUGGAACCGUCUUUCUCAGUUCUGGAACAAGGGCUUUCUCACCAUGAUAAUAAUCCUCAUUGUUCUCUUUCUUGACGCCCUGCGGGAGGUGAGGAAGUACUCAAAUACCGACCGGAGCAAAGACGCCAAACUGCAACCCAACAUGUUUGACCACAUGCACAUGAAGCUCUUCCGAGCCCAGAGGAACCUCUACAUCUCCGGCUUCUCGCUCUUCCUGUGGCUUGUCAUGAGGAGAGUCAUCACUCUGAUUAACCAGUUGGCCACGGCCGUGGGCACCAGCGCCGCUCUGCAGACUCAGGCUGAGAGCGCCAACAAAGCUGCCAAGAAGUACAUGGAGGACAAUGAGACGCUCAAACAGGCACUUACAGACAGUAAAGGAGAAGGAGGGAAGAGACAAGAUCCAGAAGAGAACAAACUGCUGAAGAGAGAGAUGCAGAGACUGACGGAGGAGCUCAAGAGCAGCACAGAUGCUCUGGAAAAGUCAAACUCAGAUUUGGACGCCAUGAAGAAACAAACCGAAGGACUGACCAAAGAAUAUGACCGUCUCCUUCAAGAGCACCAGCAGCUUCAGAAUCAGCUGAACAGUGGAGACAAAAAGGACAACUAAGCAAGUGGACACAGUGGAAAC